AUGUCGUCGAAACGGACGCAUCAGCCAUGGGAGGAGAAGCGCCAGCAGACAGAGAGGCUCGUGAACCGAUGCAUUGAGGCACGGGAGGGCACCGCCAACGCCACACCGGAGUUGGCGGAGGCAGCAGCCGAAGCGGAGGCAGAGGCGCUCGACCAGACCCAGCCUACCAAGGCUGAAAUGGCUUACACCUUCGAAGCUCGGAGGCAGUUCUUGCAGGUCAUGGCCAAGCAACAGAGAGCUUCAGACGAACGGAAGUUCUUUGCAAAGAGGGGUUCGGGCGUGCCGAGUUGUCGCGUCGGCCCAACUUCUUUGAGCGCGCCGAGUGGGCUCCGGGGCCAUUUUCACAACAGUGUUGGUGUGAAGUCGGCCUACGGCAGCCACCGCUGGCCACAGUCUUUGGACGUCAAGUGGGAUGGCUCACACAUCGACCACACUAGGGCCGAAGAGCUGAAGCCAAACCCGAAGAUGUCGAAGAUGAAUGCUGCGACACGUGCGCAUCAGUUUAGCUGCCAUUUCGGUUCUUACGACGGCUUUGACGCCAAACGUGCCGCUGUAGCGCAGAACAAGGAUGCGAGCCCCUACAAGGAUCCCGGCAAUCCUGAAUUCCGGGAAGACAUUCCGCAGCGUCACGGCAAGUUCGGCCGCCGAGCCUUCAACACGCAAGUGGGAUUCCGCCAUUAUGAGAAUCCAUAUGGUAUCAGUGAAAUUGACAACAAGCCAAUGGAAGACUUCCUGCGGGAGCAGGACCGAGUUGAGGAGUUUCUCAAUCGAUCUUUACCUCCACGCCAGACUCAGCACUUCAUUCAAUACAUGCCUAGGGCUGAGGCACCUCAGAAGUUCGAGGACAUGAGCUCCCGACAAAGGGUGAACACCUGCAUCGACGGUGGCUUGAAAACGAGUAAAUUAGGAUAUGGUCAGAUGCGCUUCUCCGACGACAAGGACUUUAAACUUUUUGCACGACCGUUAAACACUAGUCAGAUGGAUCGGGCUGUUCCGAUGUCGUGA